AGUCGAUGUGCUCAUCCACCAAUAAGUCACUGUAAAUUGUCCGGACACGUAGAUUCUGCAACGAUGGAAGGAAGUUUGCUGGAACCAACUUUGUUUACCGUGAAAGGAAUUUGUAUCCUGGACAAUGAUGGAAAUCGCAUUCUUGCCAAAUACUACGAUAAGAAUGUCUUCCCCACAGUGAAAGAGCAAAAAGCCUAUGAGAAGAAUUUAUUCAACAAAACUCAUCGUGCUAAUGCAGAGAUUAUUAUGCUCGAUGGAUUAACCAGUGUUUACAAGAGCAAUGUGGAUCUCUUCUUCUACGUGAUGGGCAGUACGCAUGAGAAUGAGCUGAUUUUGAUGUCGGUGCUUAAUUGCUUGUUUGACUCUGUUAGCAUGAUCCUGAAAAAGAAUGUGGAGAAGAGGACGGUGCUGGAGAAUCUGGACAUUGUCAUGUUGGCAGUUGAUGAAAUUUGCGACGGGGGAAUAAUUCUGGAUGCAGAUCCUUCAUCCGUGGUUAAGAGAGUUGAUCUUCGUAAUGAUGACAUUCCAAUUGGGGAACAGACCGUUGCACAGGUCUUCCAAUCGGCAAGAGAACAACUGAAGUGGUCGUUACUUAAAUGAAAUAAUAAUAAAAAAUAAUUAAGUACACUCUCUUCUCGCUAAAGAAAAAAAAAGAAUGUCUCUAAAAUCAACCACUUAAAAAUAAAUUAUUAUUUCUUUAAAAAAAAUACAUAUUUCACCGCGAAAUUUGCAAUAAAUAAUCAAUAUAUUA